CAGGAGCUGACGCGUCCACGAUUAUCUACUUCGUCGGGACCACAUCUAGUGAGGCAAUUGGUGCAAACAUAUUGACAUAGGUUUAUUCUUUCCGGGAACUCAGAAAUUCAGAAUUUUGAAGUUUAAUUAAGUAAGCAACACGUUAGAUAAUGGGAUUUCAAAAAUAAAGAUGAAAUUAUGAAGUUU